AUGACUUGGCACUAUUCUGGCAGUAAUGCUAGUUCGGCAGCUGGACUCAAUCGUCUGGCUGAGUUUCUUUGCGACCCUCGUUUCAACUCAGCUGACUUAGUUGGGUUCAGUCAUGCACGAGAGAUCAAACAACUUGAUGACUACCUCGAGCGUAAAUCAAAUCCCUUCUGCGAAGAGUACGAGUGGCAGCAGUCAACUGUCAAAAUUCGCUUAUCCAAUGAGAGGGCCAAGUUUCCCUCAGAGAAUGACACCCCCCAACUUGAGAUCCCUGGUGUUUACCAUCGCUCUCUCACAGAUAUCAUCACUCAAACAUUUGAGGAUGACGUAUCCACUAGCUUCAAUAUGACUCCAUUCCGCCAGUACUGGAAUGCGCCAGAUAAUCAAACUCUGGAAGUCUUCUCUGAAUCCUACGCCUCUCCUGAAAUGAUAAAAGCUUACGAAGAAGUGAAUGCCAUCCCACGAGAUCCUGGUGAUGACCUCGAGCACGUUGUUGCCUCGCUAAUGGUCUGGUCUGAUGCCACUCACUUGGCAAGCUUUGGUGACGCAUCCCUUUGGCCCUUCUAUCUAUUCUUCGGCAAUCAAUCCAAAUACACACGAGGAAAGCCUACUGCUCGCGCAUGCCAUCACUUGGCGUACAUUCCCAAUGUAUGUAUACAUUACUUUAUAAACUCACUUUACUAA